CUAUUUUCUCACUGGUUACUUCCUUCAAAAGCUUCAAUUUCAUUCAAUUUGCCUUUAGUCCAGAUCAGGCAUGCAACCAUCCCAAGCUAGGGCUCGCUGAUCGGCAGCGAACAUGUUCAGUAGCGAAUCGUUCGGUAACAACCGUUUGGUGACCGAACAUGUUGCGAACCGUUCAGUCACCGAACUAUCGGUUUGGUGCAUGUCUAAGUGUGCAUUGAACAAAAAAUCUAUAACAGCAUAUAAGCGGUUCAUGGUUGUUUUCUGUCGUGAAGUUUGAAGAUAUCUUUGCAAAAAGUUACUCUUCUACGUUCUAUCAGAAGUUUAAAAUUAUUUCUUACAGAAGCUUAUUGUAAAAUCGUUGAAAUUUAGACACGGUUGAAGAACGUAAUUUAUUGAUAGAAAAUGUUUAUCCAAAGUUAAAGGAAUAUUGUCAGGAGAAAUAUGGAUUAGAAUUUCAGAUAUUUCUUAGUCAUCGUUAUGGUGGACGAUUUCUACCUGCAACUAUUACUCAACGUCUAUUCUCUGCUCUAUAUCCGUAUCUAAUCAAUCUUUCAUUUGUAGAGCAAUGGUAUAAAGUCGAUCAGAAUCCACUUGAAGCCGUCUAUAUUCUACAGCCAUUGACUGAGGAUUUGAUAAAAGAUAAUAAAAUAUGGAAUGAAAUAGAAAACAAACUUCAUACAGAUUUAAGACAAGCAGCUGAUAAAUGUUAUGCGAAAGGAAUGAUAGAAAAGGAAGAUAGGGAUCUGUUUUUUAUUUCUGUCACAGAACAAGAAAUUCAUCGUGCUCUCGAAAAUAAUCAUGAUCAGACCAAUCGUAUGCUCUGUUUUAUACGUGAAAUAACAGAUUUAAAUGAAAUUAAAAAUAAAAAUAAAUUUGCUGAAACUGAAGAUGAACCAAACAGAUUAUUAGAUAAGUUGAAGGCACAGAUUUACACGCAAUUAGAUUCACAAAAUAUUAAAACGUACAAAGUAGCAUGGGAAUCGAAGGAAGAUCGCGAAACAUAUAUGAAGAAGUUUUUAAAUGAUUUUGAAACGUUGGUAAAAAAUCAAAUUGAUUAUCAUGUUCAGCAUUUGAAACAGAAAUCUUUGUUAUUAACUGAUCUACUUUACGAUGAAGUAAUGGAACAUGCUAUACAAUGUAAACAAUCAGUAGAACGAUUUCAGGAACGAAACGAUAUUAUGGAAAAGGUAUGA